UCACGUCCAUUAUUACGAACCUCACCACACAUGGGUUAAUGUGCUGGGUUCUUCACAUGUUACGUGCGUGUUUGAAAAAUACUGAUAAUUAUUAAAAUCUGAGAUAUUGGAGGAGAUAUGUUUGAGUCGAAAGCAUCGAAGAUAUUAACUUGUUGGUAGGCUAAUCACUAGUACAGUGGGUUUGUCCCUAUUCAUCGUAUCAAAAAAUUCAAUCAACGAGAAGCGUCGUGAGGAGAUGAUAAAGAGGAGACUUGCGAAUCAGGAGUCAACGAAUUAGAUAAACAAAAAAGUGGGAAAAAAAAUAUUAUUUGAGAAUGGCAGGUCUACCACAAUUGGACGAGGCCAAGUUGAAAUUGGUCCAGGAUUUGGAAAUUGAAAUGAUGUCUGACAUGUACAACAGAAUGACGUCGGCGUGUCACAGGAAAUGUAUAUUACCAAAAUAUUCUGAACCAGAAUUAGGAAAGGGAGAAUCGGUGUGUUUAGAUCGCUGUGUUGCCAAGUACCUUGACAUACAUGAGAGAAUUGGGAAGAAACUCACCCAGAUAUCCAUGAACGAGCAGCAGAAGACUAGUGAUAAUGCGAUAGCAUCGUCUUAAUUUUAUUACAAUGUAAUAAUUAUCUAAGAUUAAAUGCAUUUAAACUUA